AUGAAGCUUCUUCUUUCUAAGCAGGUUCUGCAGGAGAAGUUCACUGCUUUUGCCUCUGACACGGGCAGCACUGGGCAGGAGCGUGUGUUGGCGGUAAAUCAGAUGGUGGACGAGCUGAUCGACUAUGGGCAUGCGGAGGCGGCCACCAUUGCUGAGUGGAAGGACGCUGUGAAUGAGGCCUGGGCCGACCUGCUGGAGCUCAUGGAGACCCGUGCACAGAUGCUGUCUGCCUCACACCAGCUGCACAAGUUCUUUUCCGACUGCAGAGAGGUUCUGAACCAGAUCUCAGACAAACACCGACGGCUACCUGAGGUCCAGGCACGACAGGGCACCAACAGCAGCAGCCUGCAGAGGCUGCUGAACACGUUUGAGCAGGACAUCCAGCACCUGGUCACACAAGUGCGGCAGGUGCAGGAGUGUGCAGCCCAGCUGCGUGCGGUGUACGCAGGGGAGAAGGCUGAGGCCAUCGCCUGUCGGGAACAUGAGGUGAUGAUGUGCUGGAAGGAGCUUCUGAGCUGCUGUGAAGAGUGCCGCGUGCACAUCACCACAGAGGCUGACAAGCUGCGCUUCUUCAGCCUAGUGAGGGACCAACUCAUGUGGAUGGACUCCAUCAUCUGCCAGAUUGACACAGGGGAGAAACCCAGGGAUGUAUCCUCUGUGGAGGUCCUCAUGAACUACCAUCAAAGCCUGAAGAGUGAGGUAGAGGCACGCAGACACAGCACGGUGGAGUGUGUGGAGAUGGGCAAGACUCUUCUCGCUGCCCGCAACCCUGCAUCCCCAGAGAUCAAGGACAAACUGGACAAGGUGAUGUCCAAGCAGCACGACCUGUCAGAGAAGUGGGACAGACACUGGGAGGCGCUGCAGCAGUUGCUGGAGGUGCACCAGUUUGCCCAGGAGGCUGUGGUGGCAGAGGCCUGGCUCACGGCACAGGAGCCCCUCCUUAACAGCUCUGAACUGGGCACCAGCGUGGACGAGGUGGAACAGCUGAUCCGGCGACACGAGGCUUUCCGCAAAGCAGCUGCUAGCUGGGAGGAGCGCUUCAGCUCCCUGAGGCGCCUCACUUCUGUGGAAAAACUGAAGGCUGAGCAGGGGAAACUUCCCCCGACACCCUUGCUCGGCCGCAAGGUGUUCCUGGAGCCCCAGGAGCCCCCUGUCCAGCCUCAUGUGUCUCCUGUGGUCAGAAAAACCAUCUAUGAGCAGACUGAGCCCAGCUCACCCCCCUCCCCAUCAGCACGCCACCUCAACACACUGUCCCCUAACUACAGUCCUAUGAUGAACAGUUACCGCAGCACCGCUGACCCCCGGCAGGGUGGGGGGGUGGUGGUUCCCGGAGUGGGCGUGCCUGCGCCAUCCUCUAUUGCUUCCAUUGCCACUGCAGCCAUGCUGGUUUCAGCCAAUCAGGCGCGAGAAGGCGUCAGUGCAGCCAGAAACCAGCCUUCAACAGCCUUGUGCUCGCUACAGAGUGGCCGUGCUCUUGAGGAGCCCGAGCCGAGGGCCCAGUAUCUGCGACAGCCCAAGAUCAAGCACCUGGACGACGUGGUCACGCCUCUGCUAGUUGCUAGUCGCCUGGAGAAGUCUCGAGAAAGAGGACGGGACAGAGAGCCAGGCCCAGACAGAGAUGUCAAUAUCAUGGCUGAAGUAGUGCUUCAGGAGCCCUGUCGGGAAAGGCUGCACAGUGAACCCACCAGGGGGCCCCGGGGAUCCCGCUCAGAAGUGCCAAGCCACGCCCAGCCCCAGGCCCACCACAAAGAGCAGAAGAUGGUGCGGCCCCUUUCCAGUGAGCAGCUCAUCCAGGCACGCAGAGACGAGUUACCUCAGGAGGUGUGGAGAGAGCAGGAGCGCAGACGCACCCUGGAAAGACAGACGUCCAGUGAACAUGAGGGGCUUGGGGCCCCUGGGGGCCAUGAGGCCCGGCGAAGAGAGAGAGACAGGCACAAACUGGAACGACAAGAGUCUAGUGAGAUGGACAGAGAGCAGUCUGACCGCCGCUCUGCAGGAGGCUCAGUGGAGAAGAGAUCCACCAUGGCCGACAUAGUGGAGCAGCUCCAGGAGAGAGAAGCAGCACAGGCCCGUGGGGAGGUACCCCGUUUGCCCAAUGGUCUCCCAGAAAAAUCUUCAAAACAAGAGCGACCACGGGCACGGGACAGACCUAAGCCUCGACGCCGACCCAGACCCAAAGAGGGAGGGGAGCCCAGCAGGAGGUCUAGGUCUGCCCCGGCUCAGAGCCCGGCCACCCCCCAGCCCCCCUCCCACACUGCCCAUCAGGAGGGCUUCCUGUUCCGCAAGCUGGACAUUGAGAGCAUGAAGAAGAGCACCAACAGCAGGUCCUGGGUCAACUUGUACUGUGUGCUGAACAAAGGCGAGCUGGGCUUCUACAAAGACGCCAAAAGCAUGGCUACGCCUUACAACAACGAGCCCGCCCUCAGCCUUGGCCACUGCCAAUGUGACGUGACGAACGGAUACAAGAAGAAGAAGAACGUUUUCACGCUCAAGACAAAAGAUGGCAGCGAGUACUUGUUCCAUGCAAAAGAUGAGGACGACCUGAAGGCCUGGGUGGGCACCAUCUCUACCAGUAUCUCAGAGCAUGAGGAUAUUGGCAAAUGGGGCCAACCUCAACCCACUACCUCAUCCACAGACGAGGGUACGCGAGAGGGGGGCAGCAAGGCCGACAACCGCUCUGACCGGGGGCCGGACCGGGGCUCUGACAAAGGAACUGAGAAAGAAAAAGAUAGAAUAGAGCGCUCAGAGAAAACUGCAAAAUCUGAGUCAAAACGCUCUGAGAAAUCCAGCAAGAAGAAGUAA